AUGUCUGAAUAUGGUGCUUCCGGCGCGGUCAGCCCAGGCCCUGAAGUAGGCGAGCUUCCAGCUACCAACGACGCCAACGGCGAUGCACCUGUUUUCCCCUCGCUUCAGAACAAUGGCGCGGGAAGUCCCUUGUCUUCAGAAGCCGUCGGCGGCCCCACGAUCGGUGAAGACGACAAUGACGAUGAGCCCGCUGUAGCGAAGCCCUUUAUGCGAACAACGAGCCCCGACCCGUCCACACGCGCAUUCCCAGAUGCCUUCGAUGACCGUGUCCCUGAUCGCCUGAUUUACAAGAUGCACAAGUUCAGUCUUUACGAAACGGCCAGUCGAUAUUACAUCGUCGGUGUCGAUGUCAGUGAAAAGCGCUAUCGAAUCCUCAAGAUUGACCGCACUACCGAGGGUGCUGAGCUCAACGUGACGGAUGACAAAAUUGUCUAUAGUUUGAAGGAGAUGAACCAACUGCUCGACACAAUAGAUGACGGGAACCGAGGUACCGGUGGCAUCAAGCUUCGCUGCACCACAUGGGGACUCCUUGGCUUUAUCAAGUUCACCGGCCCCUACUAUAUGCUUCUCAUCACAAAAAAGAGCACUGUCGCUAUGGUUGGAGGCCACUACAUAUACCAGAUCGAGGGCACUGAGCUUGUUUCCCUGACUCCCGCCAAGUUCAAGCCAGAUGCCCGCAACACCGAGGAGCAACGAUUCCUCGGCAUCUUGAACAAUCUCGACUUGACUCGUUCUUUCUAUUACAGCUAUUCUUACGAUGUUACACGUACCUUGCAGCAUAACGUCAUCCGGGAGCGCGAUGCUCUUGCCAAGGGAAUGCUGCCGCCUGACGACGACGAUUUCAACUCCAUGUUUGUCUGGAACGACUAUCUGCUACAGCCUGCCGUUACUGCUCUUCGGGACCCAUAUGACUGGUGUCGUCCAAUUAUACAUGGGUACAUUGAUCAAGCGGCUCUGUCAAUUUACGGCCGUACUGCACACAUCACUGUCAUCGCAAGGCGAUCGCGCUACUUUGCCGGUGCUCGGUUCUUGAAACGCGGAGCCAACGAUCUUGGUUAUGUUGCCAACGAUGUUGAGACGGAGCAGAUCGUAGCGGAGUCACUGACCACGUCGUUUCACGCACCUGGUCCUCAACUAUACUGUAGCCCGCAGUACACCUCCUAUGUUCAGCACAGAGGGAGCAUUCCGCUGUACUGGACACAGGACAGCACCGGCGUUACACCCAAACCCCCGAUUGAGCUUAAUUUGGUUGAUCCGUUCUAUGGCGCCGCCGCUCUGCACUUCGAUAACCUGUUCGAGCGCUACGGUGCGCCGAUCUAUGUUGUGAACCUGAUCAAGUCCAAAGAACGGACGCCUCGUGAAUCAAAGCUACUGGAGGAAUAUACUCAUGCCAUCAACUAUCUUAAUCAAUUCCUGCCUGAGGAUAAGAGGAUUAUUCACAAAGCGUGGGAUAUGAGUCGCGCAUCGAAAGUGCGUGGUGGGGACGUUAUUGGCAACCUCGAGCUUAUCGCAGAGUCGGUCCUCGCUACAACAGGCUUCUUCCAAAACGGAGAUGGUCUCACGAGCCCCAUGACAGCACAGAAUGGAGUCGCCAGAACAAAUUGCAUCGACUGCUUGGACCGUACUAAUGCUGCGCAGUUUGUCAUCGGCAAGCGAGCCUUAGGUCACCAGCUACAUGCCCUUGGCAUUCUUGAGGAUACGUCGGUUGAUUACGACACGGACGCUGUCAAUUUGUUCACUCACAUGUGGCAUGACCAUGGUGAUACCAUUGCUGUUCAGUACGGCGGCUCACAACUGGUCAAUACCAUGGAAACCUACCGAAAAAUUAACCAAUGGACAAGUCAUUCAAGAGACAUGAUCGAGAGCUUCAAGCGAUACUACAACAACUCCUUCCUGGACAGUCAACGCCAGGAGGCCUACAACCUAUUCCUUGGCAAUUACAUAUUCACUCAAGGCCAACCUAUGCUGUGGGACUUGGCAACUGAUUACUACCUCCAUCACGCCGAUCCACGAGAUUGGUCCGCCAGGUUGAAGCACGACUACAUCAAUUGGUAUGUUCCGGAUAAUUUGCAGAGACGAACAAUUCCACCAUACGUACCCAGCAAAGACAUUGCCCGCGCCCAUCCGGUUGAAUUCUUUGAUGACUAUUGGCUCGAGUAUUACAGGCCAUCGACCCUCUCUUCUUUCCCCAAGAUGUUUGCUUACAAGAUGAACUCAACUAUCAAAUACAUCCCCCUUAAAUCUACCCAGGAUGGCCGCUACGACCUCAGCCCUUUCCGGGUUCGAACUGAUAAUGAAGUUGAUCACGGUGACAAAAAGAAGUCGAAGAAAGAUGCUCAUCCACACGCAAAUGUAACAAGUUCUCGAGGACAGACUGUGGGAGCGAAUGGGGCGCCAGAUUCGAUUUUGGACCGAUCACCAGCGAAAGGGAUCUCGCUCCAGCGUUGGCUGCAACCUGUUCAAGACAAGGGUGCACACGCCAGCUCUCUGCGACUGGACACGAAUCAACCAGUGCAGGCAUCUGAACAUAGCCCUAAGACGAAGCCAACAGCCCUGGAGAAAUCCAAGGCUGCACAGUGGACUUUCACCAAAGCUGUCCAUGACUCACUGAAUCCGUCUGUUGCCGAGCAGGAAUCCGAAGAUUACGAGCGAUAUAUCCGUCAUCCUCAAAAUCUUCCUCUCGUUAUUUCAAGCGACACGCCCGUGGACGUGGAUGCGUCUGAGUAUCAGGAGUAUGUAAGCGGCGACUGGCAAGAUGAAGGUUUAAUGGUCAAAGGAACUGAAGAAGAGAUCGAUGUCUACGCUGAGUUGCUCAAGGUGGGGGAAAACCCUCUAACGGUGACUGAGGAAGAUGGUCCGAAGAAACGAUACAAAGCCUAUAGGAAAUGGCUGCGUGGGAAGUCUUUCUUCAAGCAACAGCCCCUAGACUGA